UCCUCCGAAGAUUCUUAUCCACGUCACCUUCCUUCACCGGAGAAUAUGACUCGUAUAGUCGCCGUCAUCGUCGUCGUCCUCUUUCUCUCUUUAGUCGCCGCCGCAUCUGAUAACUUCAUAAGACUUCCUUCUGAAGCUUCUAAGUUCUUCCGACCAAACAACGAAAAUGAUGAUUCUACUCGGUGGGCUGUUCUCGUCGCUGGAUCUAGCGGAUACUGGAAUUAUAGACAUCAGGCAGAUGUUUGUCAUGCUUAUCAGCUUCUGAAGAAAGGUGGAGUGAAAGAGGAGAACAUUGUAGUGUUUAUGUAUGACGAUAUUGCAAAUAACGAAGAGAAUCCAAGACCUGGUGUUAUUAUUAACAGUCCUAAUGGAGAGGAUGUUUAUAACGGAGUUCCCAAGGAUUAUACUGGAGAUGAAGUUAAUGUUAAUAACUUCUUUGCUGUGCUCCUUGGAAAUAAAACAGCUCUUAAAGGAGGAAGUGGUAAAGUUGUUAAUAGCGGUCCAAACGACCAUAUCUUCAUAUAUUAUAGUGAUCACGGCGGCCCGGGAGUGCUAGGGAUGCCAACUUCUCCUUACCUAUAUGCAAAAGAUCUUAAUGAUGUCUUGAAGAAAAAACAUGCUUCUGGAACAUAUAAGAGCUUGGUGUUUUAUUUAGAGGCUUGUGAGUCGGGAAGUAUUUUUGAAGGUCUUUUACCAGAGGGUUUAAAUAUUUAUGCUACAACCGCAUCGAAUGCAGAAGAAAGCAGCUGGGGUACUUAUUGUCCUGGAGAGGAUCCUAGUCCUCCUUCAGAGUAUGAGACCUGUUUGGGUGACUUAUACAGUGUUGCUUGGAUGGAAGAUAGUGAUAAACACAAUUUACAGACAGAGAGUUUGCACCAGCAAUAUGAACUGGUGAAAAAGAGGACUGCUGGUACUGGUUCGUCUUAUGGUUCUCAUGUUUUGGAAUUUGGAGAUAUAGGACUUAGCAAGGAGAAGCUCGUUCUUUAUAUGGGCACAAACCCAGCCAAUGAAAACUUCACCUUUGUGGAUGAGAAUUCAUCACUAAGACUGCCUUCAAGAGUUACAAACCAGCGUGACGCGGAUCUGGUUCAUUUCUGGGAUAAGUAUCGAAAGGCACCUGAAGGUUCUGCAAGAAAAGUUGAAGCUCAGAAGCAAGUCCUUGAAGCAAUGUCUCACAGACUCCAUGUCGACAAUAGUGUUCUAUUGAUUGGGAAACUCUUGUUUGGUUUGGAAGGUCCUGCGGUACUAAAUAAAGUCCGGCCUUCUGGAAGACCGCUUGUCGACGAUUGGGACUGCCUUAAAUCUAUGGUGAGAGCCUUUGAGAGGCACUGUGGAUCGUUGUCUCAGUACGGAAUAAAGCACAUGAGGUCAAUCGCAAACAUAUGCAAUGCAGGCAUUCAGAUGGGACUAAUGGAGGAGGCAGCAAAGCAGGCUUGUCCCUCCAUCCCUGCCGGUCCUUGGAGCUCUCUUCACCGCGGAUUCAGUGCUUGAUCCACAGGACCACAUCUCCCUGCAAUAUAUGUUUAUAUCCAUGUAUGAUGAUAAUAACAUCUGUGUAUAUCUUGCUGCCAAAUAUAUUCCUUCCUAUGUACACAAAUUGAUGUAAAUAUUGUAUGCUUAAGUUCUUCGUAUGAGUCUCAA